AUCGUAAAACCAUACUUUAUACAGGACAGCUCAUCUAACUGGCAUUCAUACUUCGUGCUUCAGUUGACUAAUGCCGGGAGUUACCAUGGCCACAUUACUCCAGAUUCAAGACUUAGUGUGGAGUACGCAGCGAACAAGUCUGCAGGAAAGUAUCUGAGUUCAAAUUCGGGUAAAUUGGAAGUGAAGAAAAUUGAACGUGAAUAUGAUGACUUACUUCAUACCGAAAUUCAACGUCACUGCAAAGAUUUAUACACGUGUGUUCAGUUAAAAAUGUUGGCAAAUGUGAGUGAUAUUUUGAGGGCAGAUACGUACAAUUUAACAGAAAAUGUGAUGCUAGAGAGAGUGGUCGGUAGUGAUAAGGGGGAUGAUAUUUCGAGGAUGGAUAUAGAAAAACUAAAAUAUUCUGAUAAUGAGAGCUUCGGAUAUGUCACAGCACUGCUUAUGCAGAAAACAAUAGACAUAUUUAAGACUCAUUCCUUAAAAUGGAGUCUGCUGCCUGGAAUGGACGUGAGGAUAUUUCGGAAUUUGAAUUAUGGUGGAAGGAUGGAUGUCGCCCUGGAGAUACAAGACAGAGACCCUCGCACAUUCGGCGGACCGCGCAAGCGCCUGAUGCUGCUCCUGCCUCUCGUGUUCAAGAUGGGUGUCAUGACGACCUUGCUGGGCGGGUUGGUGGUACUGACGCUCAAGGGACUCACAAUCGGCGUCAUCCUGCUCAUACUGGCCGUGGGCAACCUGUUUAGCAAGUAUAAGCACCACGGCCAUCCAUACAGUGGACCCAUGGACAUACACGUGCACGUUCACAAUGAUCCACACGGACAGGCGUACUCGAGUUGGCACCAGGAACAUGUGGAUCAACCUACGUACCAUGUGGAACAUCCUGGCCACUAUCACAGAAGAUGGUCCAAACCGCAACCACCUCUCCCCCUACCGUACCCUGACCAACUCUGAAAUAACUCUUGACAGUGGCAAAACUCACUCACAAAUCUUCCCAUAUUCGUUGUUCGUGAUAAGGAAUGAGUCCUGACUGCCGUGAAGGUGUAGUUUUAACAUGGCAAGCGUAGUGGACCCAUAUUUAUUUUCUGUAAAUCAGGAAAAUAUAACCUAUAUCGGUAGAGCAAUUUUCUACGAUUGAUAUUAUAUUUCACGCUUACAGAAAGGUCUUCGAUUUUCCAGUCACUGAUCAAUAUUUACAGAUAUACGAAUAGGAUGUAAACAUGUAUAAAUAAAAAUUGUCGAAAAAUCUGCUGAAUGUUCAAAGGUAAAGACAGACCUGCACUGAAAAGACUAGCAGAAUUCCAAAAAUUACUUUUCACACUCUCAGGGAAGUCCAAAACAUAGAUCUAUUAUUAAAAUAGGGCAUAAUUAUACAAUAUCUUAUCUCAAAUAAGCCCCUUGAUCGGUAACUCUAGCCAGCAGGCGUGAUGCUUAAAGUAAGAGACAACUUCAUCUUCUAAUCUUCUGUCCUUACAUAACGUAUGAGUUAUUAAUAUAAUUUAUAAAAAAAAUUCCCAGCAGCUAUUUUAGUCAAUAAUCUGACAUACGUGGUUCACAUUCAUUACACUUUCUUCAGCGUCGCAUUCGCCCAAUUACAAUAUAUCCAGUCCUCUUCUAUGUUUAAAUUCCUUGUCAUAUUAAUGCCCGAUUUUCAGUAACAUGACAAUUACUUCUGUAGGUAAACGAAUUGAAGUAUGAUGUUUCUGUCUCUAUAUUAAAGCAGCUAAGUUCCCCAUAUUUAAAUGUUUAUUAAAUCUAUACCUACAUUAUAACAGUUACCGUCUCCAUUGUUCUGUGUUAUGACAUUCUUCAGAGUUAAACACUUGUAUUUUCAUUAAAAACUUCGUGCAGAACACACCACGUCACUCGAUAUACGGUUAUAUAUCACCGUUAUGGUUUCUAGUAGUUUUUCGCUCCGAUUAGUCACACCAUCUUUUAACUUCGCCCACAGACAUUAUCCCAUAAUUUCCUUCCAGAUCCAUCUUUCUCUUCCUGCAUCUGUUUUCUCCCUUUCAAUUUUAUGUUCAGUCAUUCUGUAACUCUAUGUAUACAACAAAGUUUACCUUCUCGGAACACCGCGUGCAUUUUCUCCUGACUAUUCCCUUCACACCAUUCAUGCCAGUUAAGUCCCUCGACAUAAGACGACGUUGUCUGGUUUAAAGCCCAUUCUCAGAGUGCAGGUAAUUUAGACCGCCUUCAAGAGUGAGUGUUAUUACAAAUAUCUAGUGGCUUGUAAGUCCAGAGCCGUAGGAGAAUUCCACUAUUUGGAAAAAUAUGAAGGAGAAAAAUUUGUUGUAAAUCAUGUGUUUCCAAUCUCAAGUGUUAAAAUUCUUCACCUACGACGAGCCGUUAUGGCCCUACAUUAUGUUCAUCACUAACAGUAAAAAGUUAAGACCAUGUUGCCACGUUCACAUGACACUUGGCUAAUCGUUGCUGUUUUCUUGGUUUCGUUCAUUUCGUGUUUGCUGUAUCAACUGUGCCCCCUUCACUACCAGUUCCCCUGCUCUGGAAAGACAUCCUGCCACUGUGGUAAGACAUUUCCCUUACGCUGUCAUGUCAACGUGGCAACAACGCAGUAAAUUUUUUACCACCUUCUUCAAGAAGAUUUUUCUGGGGCAACAAGCAGUGUCAGUGGUGGACAAGGAAUUUUGUCUGCGACUGUUUACAGCUAUGGCAUUCGUUACUGUGAAAUCGGAAUCCCUUUUUAAAUUGUAAGAAACGUGUAAGUUCUCUAAGCCUAAAAUGAAUUAGGUAAAUGUAUUCAAUAACUGAAUGUUUCUGCUACAGAACUUGAUGUAGUAAGUUUCACGUUAUGCUGUGUUGUUGAACGAUACGAUCGUAUGUGGUGGAACAUUCAUCAUUUCGUAAAUGUACGUAGAGGUAUCUAUGUCUUACAAACACACAAAAGCAGUUUAAAGUGAAGUGGAUAUAAUUACAUGCAUAAAUAUAGGCACUAUAGAAGUAGUUGAUAAAUAAUAAUUUAAAGAGACCAUAAACAGAGUUAAGUGUGUGUUACUGCCAUCAGUGUUAUCAGCAAUGGCAUCCUCAAGAGAAUUUCUUCAGAAGAGUAGUGAGCUCACAUGACAUCGUGAAUUAACCAGCUGGAGCAAAGUUACGGAGAGAGGGAAUUGUAAAUUAUUAAGCAAACACGCGGAAAAGAUGUUGUAAGUUAACUCCCCACUUGGAACAAGCCAGUAUUAUUGUUUUAACGACAGAAAACUAAUGCUACAUUUUUAGAUACUCAAUUCAAUUCUUUAUUAUACACAUUAUUAACAUAAUAAAAUAAUUAUAAUGUGAAUAAACUAAGAAUAGUUGACCAUGACACUGGCAAAUUCAAGCGAGUGUAUAGUUUGUGCUUCCUACUAUUCAAAAUGAGCCUUUCGUCAUUCUAUCACAGUUUCAACAUCAAUCUGAAAAAGAUCUAGCCCUGCAAACACUAAAUUUUCAAAACUACUCACAGACCAAUCGUUAAAAGACAAACAUUUUAAUUCGUUAUUUCGGUACAUUAUAAUGUAAGCAAGAAACUUCUGUAAGAAACGUGUGUUACGUAAAUGAAACCAAAUAUCUAUAUUAAUCACAUGAUGUAAUUUGGACACAAACGUUUGUGACAACUAUCAAGAUUUAAGUAUCUUCCAUGGGCAUUGUCCACUGUCUACAGUACAGAACGUUUCGGGAGCUGAGCCAGUAAUUAGGGCUAGCUUUGUAUAACGGGCCCGACUGAGCAGGUGGGCGGUACGCAACUUUCUCUCACGGAUUUAUCCGAAGAUGUAGACAAAUCCAGCCGCCGAAACGUUGCACUCCAAUUCCAGACAAUGGACAACACAAAGCAAAGCAUUAAUCCUGUAAUAAUAAAUUUUUU